CCCUUUGUGGUGGGUUCUGUCAAAUAUAAGCUUCAGCACGCUCACAGUUCCCUGUACAGAACAGCUACAAGCCAGAACAUAACUGAGGAUGGCCAUGUUCAAGAUUGCCGGUCUUCUCUUCGUUUGUGCUCUGACUUCGGCGUUCAACAUCGAGGCUUUGCAGAAUGUUCCCGCCGCCCCACAAGCAACUGGGGACGUCUGCCAGGACUGCACACAAAUAUUUGAACUCCUUGCCGACAUGGUUUCCAAUGCAGACCUCCAGAAAAAAAUGAUGGAUGGCCUUGAUCAUCUGUGCAAGCUCCUGCCCGGACCGGUGACUAAAGCGUGCCAAGAAGAAGUGGAGAAGAUGCUCCCCUUGGCCCUCAGCUUCAUUGCUGGCAUCGUAAAACCAGCGGAGGUCUGCAGAAUCAUCGGACUAUGUGGCUCCCCAGACAAGCAGGAGAUGCUGCUCAGCUAUAUUGUCAGAGAGGCCCUACAGGUUUCUGGGAGAAGUGAAAAUGUCGCUGAAAUGCAGCCCACAACACAGUGCUCCUUCUGUGUUCUUGUGAUCAAGACUUUGGAGGACCUGCUCCCUAAGGAAAGGACUGAGGACGCCUUGAUCUCGCUGCUGGAGGAGAUUUGUCACAUCUUGCCCGCCUCCUACCGAGAUCAGUGCCAGACCGUGAUCGGCAAAUUCAGCAAGCCGGUGCUGGAUGCAAUCCUGAGCUACGCCACCCCAGAGGCCGUCUGCACUCUGAUGGGCCUGUGCAACGGGAAAGGGGCUCCUCACGUAGACCCCUGCACUUCAGCCACCUACAGGUGCAGAGACAUGAACACCGCCCUCAAAUGUGGAACUCUGUUUUACUGUCAGAAGUUUGCCUGGAAGCCUCUCAACGCACUUUAAGGUGUUAGGUCGGGCCUAAAAAUGAGGAAAGCUCUUUGUCCCCAUGGCCGACCCCGAUGUUUCAACAUCUAUCUGCAAAUAGUGCUUACACUGCUCGACACCUGCGGCAUUUGCUCUGAUAUCUUACUGCAUUUUUUGGACUUAUAUACAGUCUGCAUGGAGUGAAUAGAACCUGGACUUCGCCUGAUAAAAUAUCAUUACAAAAGGAUUGUUUGAACUUUGAAAGGAAUGUGGAUCAGAUAUGAAAGCUCCGCAAUUUGGUUCAGAAAGUUGAAUUAUAUGUAUGAAAGAAAAGAAUAAUUCCCAAAUAUUCUGUAUAUUUGAUGAGAAGUUUUUUUACUCCUUUGUACUAAGCUAAAUAGUCACAACGCUUUAUCCACCGUUAGUCAGAUAAUUCUGGCUGACUAGUUGAAUAAAUAUUACUAUUCUUCGCUUCUGCCAAUAAAAAUAAAAUACACAUUUCUA